UUUCCUGGGCGGGAACAGCAAAAUGGCGCCAGAACUAGCGGCGGGCUGAGGACACUGGCCCCCCUCGAAGCCGGCCCCGCGGUCCCCGGGCCGCCCCGGCCCCUCCCGGACAUGGAGGACGUGGAGGCGCGCUUCGCCCACCUCCUGCAGCCCAUCCGCGACCUCACCAAGAACUGGGAGGUGGACGUGGCGGCCCAGCUGGGCGAGUAUCUGGAGGAGCUGGACCAGAUCUGCAUUUCCUUUGAUGAAGGCAAAACCACAAUGAACUUCGUGGAGGCCGCGCUGCUGAUCCAAGGCUCCGCCUGUGUGUACAGUAAGAAGGUCGAAUACCUCUACUCGCUGGUCUACCAGGCCCUCGACUUCAUCUCUGGCAAGAGGCGGGCCAGGCAGCUGUCAGCGCGGGAAGACGGGGCCGGCAGGGACACCAGCUCCAGGGCUGCCCAGCCGGCGGAGGAUGAGUUCCUGUCACUGGACGACCUGCCCGACACCCGAGCCAGCGUGGACCUGAGGCAGGAGCAGGCCCCUGCUGAGGUCGUCAUCGUCCCGCCCCUGCCCAUGGCCCUGGUGGCCCUGGAUGAGGUGGAGAAGAGCAGCAGCCCCCUGUACAGCUGUCAGGGGGAGGUCCUUGCCAGCCGGAAGGAUUUUAGGAUGAACACGUGCACCCCUCACCCGAGAGGAGCCUUCAUGUUGGAGCCGGUGGGCUUGUCCCCCCGGGAGGCACCGCUGCUGAGGAAGGAGGCUGGGGGGGCCGAGGAGCAGCCGAUGGACGUCUCUGGGAGCACGAGUCCCGUGGCUGUGCCCAGCGUGUCCCAGGAGCCAGGCACCUCUCCCGAAGGCCCGAUGCCCGGAGGCGGGGGUGAGGAGGAGGAUGCGGAGGGGGCGGCGGAGCUCCCUGAGGCCGUGGCCCCUGAGGUCCCUCUGGAGCCCCGGGAGCCCAGGAGCCCGCAGCAGGGCACUGCCCAGCCCAGGAGGUUUGAGCUCCGGGAGAGGCGGGAGGCCCUGGAGCCUGUGUCCCGGCCAAAGGAGACAGCAGACCCCUGGGAAAGCCUGGACCCCUUCAACUCCCUGGACUCUAAGCCCUUCAAGAAAGGGAGGCCCUACUCCGUGCCUGCCUGCGUGGAGGAGGCGCCGGGGCAGAAGCGUAAGAGGAAGGGCGCUGCCAAGCUGCAGGACUUCCACCAGUGGUACCUGGCCACCUAUGCUGACCAUGCUGACAGCAGGCGGCCCCGGAGGAAGGGCCCGUCCUUUGCAGACAUGGAGGUCCUGUACUGGAAGCACGUGAGGGAGCAGCUGGAGUCCCUUCAGAAACUGCGCAGGAGGCAGGUGGCUGCGCAGUGGCUGCCAAGGGCCGAGGAGGGGCUGUGGCCCGCGGAGGAGGACCGCCUGGAGGACUCCCUGGAGGACUUGGGGGACGCAGCAGACGACUUCCUAGAGCCUGAGGAGUACGCGGACCCUGAGGGGGCGGAGCCUGGGGAAGCUGCAGGCCUGGGAGCAGAGGCCACGCCGACGUCCCUGCGCUAUGAGGACCUGGUCCGAAGGAACGUGGAGCUCUUCAUCGCAACGUCCCAGAAGUUCGUCCAGGAGACAGAGCUGAGCCAGCGCGUCCGGGACUGGGAGAGCAGCAUCCAGCCCCUGCUCCAGGAGCAGGAGCAGCACGUGCCCUUCGACAUCCACACUUACGGGGACCAGAUGGUCUCAAGGUUCAGCCAGCUCAACCAGUGGUGUCCCUUUGCGAAGCUGGUGGCCGGCCAGCCUGCCUUCGAAGUGUGUCGCGCCAUGCUGGCCUCCCUGCAGCUGGCCAACGACCACACGGUGGAGAUCACGCAGCAGCCAGGGCUGGAGGCGGCUGUGGAUACCAUGUCCCUGAGGCUGCUCACGCACCAGCGGGCCCACAAGCGCUUCCAGACCUACGCUGCCCCCUCCAUGGUUCAACCCUGAGCGGGCAGCCCUGAGGCUGGGGAUGGGCCCAGAUGGGCUGGCCCCCACGGACGUUGGGCACGCAGCUGCUCACGCCACGCUUGCUCCCUGGCUGGCCCAGCCUAAUAAAGUGCUGUCAUCCCACCUCCCCCUUAAAAA